AUGCCACCGCGUCGUUCCCACAAGAAGUCCAGGACCGGUUGCCGGCGCUGCAAGACGCGCAAGAUCAAGUGCGAUGAGGUCCAUCCACGAUGUGGUAAUUGCGUGAAGCAUGGCGUCAAAUGUGACUUUGAGUAUCCAGAGGUCCUGGCCGAACUCCAGGCUGCUCAAGCCGCCUCUCAGUCCCCAUCCACGCCUUCGGCAGCGUCUGGUUAUGCAUCUCCCGCCGCCGGGCCGAGCUCGGCCCGCAGCACUGCCACUCCCCUGUGCCGUCCGCCACCAACACCAGCGUUAUCACAGACUACUCCUCCGGGCCAGCGUCUUCUUGAGCUCCGGCUGAUGCAUCAUUACACCGCCAUGACCUGCAAGACCUUCACUUUUACGGCCCCAGUGACCGAGGACAUAUGGAAGAUAACAGUCCCGAACCUCGCCUUCUCUGGGUCCCAACAUCUUGCGGAUGCCAUCCUUGCCGUGGCUGCUCUCCAUCUCCGGAGCAUGCGGCCGGAUGACAAGGAGAUGGUCCGCGCAUCUCACGCUUAUAUGGCUGCCUCUCUUUCCGAGUACAGCGCGGCCCUCACUAAGGGCAUUGACCAUACCAAUGCCGAAGCUCUUUUCUUGACUGCUGCUCUGAUAGCCUUUCAGUCUACCGCCACCCGUGUCUUCAGUAAGGAUGAGCCACAGGUUGGUUCGGAAGAGAGCGACAAGCGGGGCCCAUCGGGAUGUUAUACAAUCCCGUUCUCCUGGUUCCAUUCAUUCCAAGGCGUUAAGGCCAUCACUGCUGCCUCGUGGCAAUAUCUGCGUGUCAGCCCCGUUGUAACCCAGGUUAUCAACUCGCAGGCAGCGCUUCAACUUGACUUCCGCACUGGUCCCGAGACCUUUUUCGGUCACCUGCUUGAAGGUAUGGAAGAAGAACUUGCGGCCAUGGCCUCCGAAUACUCCUCUGCGAACACAGAUUCCACAAACGACCAACAACCACAACACCCACCACGCAAACGCCGACCCCCACCCCCGAACUCAUUGCCUCAACUCGGCGCCCCUCUUGCCUUCCCAGCUACUGUCUCUCGUCGCUACAUCGAAUUGCUUGAAGAACGCCGUCCGCGUGCACUUGCCAUCCUGGCUUGUUUCUUCGCCCUGCUCAAGUCCCUUGACUCCGUUUGGUGGUUACAGGGCAUGGCCCGCCGCGAGGUUCUCGGAGUGGUUUCCCUGUUCAACAGUGAUUAUUUUGGGCCAGAUGCAUAUCGCACAUGGUGGCCUCAUCUCGAAUGGGCCAUGAGAAUCGCAUUGUGGGAGCCGCCACCUGGGUCUCAGCCUACCCCCGAUUCUCCUCCGGGAGGUGUCGUGAUCCCUCCUGAGAUAUGGGGAGCCGAUUGGUAUGCAGAGGAGCAGGCCUUGGCGAGAGGGCAGGCACAACAUGGUGGUUAUGUGAGGCAUAUUGAGCUGUUGAGCCAGAUGAGCAGCGCCUUGCAGAGUUUCCCGCCAAUAGUAGAUUAUAUAGGAAUGGAGAAUCCAGAGGGCUGA